AUGCAGAUUUGUAUAUGUAAAUUUAGAGACGAAGAUGUGAGCGGGACGAAGAUACAGGCGACUCCUAUCCGGAAAAAGAGGAUUUUGUCAAGGCCUACAAUUGAAUUUAUCAAUUUCCAUCCUGAAGCCAUCGAGUUUGUGGACCGAAAAGUGAAAUCGCCAUCGAAAGUGGACAAGUACACGCACAUUGGAAGAACAAAUGAAUUGAGAUUCAAAAUGGUAAAGUCUGAUUCCCGAUUGAUCAAGACUCUUCUACACGCGUAUGGGUUCACACAAGCUUCGGUAAACAAUCCGGUCUUCAAUUUGCUUUGGACGGGCAAAGAGCUAAUCAUUUUUCCGAGAUCUUACGAGCUCACUCGAAAAGAUAAACUUUCUGACAACAUUGCUCGAGCGAAGAGAAAUUUCGGAACACCCUUUGACUUUAUGCCUAAAUCUUUUGUCACUCCUCGAGAUUUGUCUAAAUUGAAAGGAAUUCAUUUUGUGAAUAAGGCUGACGAGGUUUCACUUGAGAAAAAGCUUCUUGUCUCUCACUAUGUCGCAAAUCCACUUUUGGUGAAUGGACACAAAUUCGACUUAAGAGUUUACGUGGCUGUGACAUCAUUUUAUCCACUCAUUUGUUACGUCUACAGCGAAGGACUUGCGAGAUUUGCCUCUGAACAAUACUCGUCGACUGCGGAAAAUGGAAAAGAAUUUGUUCACUUGACAAAUUAUUCGUUAAACAAGAAUAGUACUACCUUCGUCAAGAAUGAAACUUUUUUUGAGGAAGAUUUUGGACAUAAAUGGACACUCGUACUGAUGAUUCGAAUCGAAGAUCUCGUCACCAAAACAUUGCUAUCCGUUCAGUCAACUAUCUCCGCAAAAUGCCGUAGCACCGUUUUGGCGAUCAACACGAACUUUGAGCUUUUUGGCUUUGACAUCUUGGUCGAUUCAAAGUUGAAGCCAUGGCUUUUGGAAGUGAAUCUCUCGCCGAGCCUUACUUGUGAUGCUCCGCUCGAUUCCUUGGUGAAAACACGCCUCAUUUGUGAUCUUUUCAACCUCGCUUGCAUUCCGUUUUACGAUCGCAAACCGACAAAUGGGCAAAAUGAGACACCAAAAAUUCGAAUGGCAAGCCCUUCGCUUUUGCCCGUAAAGAAAUCUCCAAUUGCAAAGAAUCUUGUAAAUGGCAGACCUUUGGAUUGUCGAGCGGUGAAACACAUACGAAAGCUAAAAUUCGAAGAUGCGAGAAGAGGGGGAUUUAUUCGAGUUUUCCCAAGAGUUGGAUCUUUUCACAUAUACAAAGAGUUGAUGUCGCAUAGUGGAGUCGAGAAAUGGGACGAACGAUUGUAUGAGAGUCAGUUGAUGAAAGUUGAAAAGUUUCCUUCGACGAAUCUACUGGACAACGAUGUCUCACAAGCUAUUUCAACUUGGCUUGACGGAGCAGAAGAAUACCUGCAAAAAGUGACACGGGAAGGCGAGACGUACAUGGCCAAGCUACCACUGGUGAGAGAAUCGGCUCGUCUCCGCACAAAGAGUUGUUCCGAUUUCUACGAAGCUCGAGCUGCAGCAAAGUUAGUGGAGCCAGUUGUGGAGAAUUUUGCAGCCACUUAUCAAAAAGAAAUCGAUGAUAGUAUAAUGCCGUUAAACGACUUGACAAACAGUGGUCACGCGCUCUUGGAUUUUGCAAACCUUAUCGAGAAUCGAUCCAUUGACGCAAAUUUGUGUUCCACCUCCACUGCUACCACCGUUAGCUGU